UGUUCAGUUUCUGUAUAUAUCCAUUAGCAUUUAGCAGGCCUUUAAGGUGGACAAUUACUCUGUUGAUAAUCUGAGGUGGUGCCAAUUAAUUUAUUUGUACAAUUACUAUCAUCUUAAAUUUGUUUUGAAAACCCCCGUUUAAAUUUUCGGUUUCUUUAUCCAUCCGUUAGCAGGUCCUUCUAUGGACGUUCCAUAUGCCAGAGAUCGCUCAGCUAGACAGUAUAUAUAUGCCGGCUGAAGUUUCAGGGAGCACGAAUGGAGGCUUUUACCGACCAGUUGGUGCAGAAGGUUCUGUCUCCAUAGAAGAAUGCCCACAGAAAUGCGACUACCGUUGCUCGGCAACAAAGCGCCAGGAACCAUGCCUCAAGUACUGCAAUAUCUGCUGCCAGAAAUGCUUGUGCGUUCCAUCCGGCACGUCCGGGAACAAGGAAGAGUGCCCAUGCUACAACAAUUUGAAGAGCAGCCAGGGCAAUUCCAAGUGCCCAUGAUGUAGCAGUUAAUCUUAGUUUUUACCACGUAGAGUGUACAUAAUGACGUCCCAGGAAUGAAUAAAAUUGCUGAAAUAUGUGGCCAUUACAAAGCCAACAUAUCACUAUUGGACUA